GUGCCACUUUCAGGUCUCCUCACACUGCUGGUGUGUUCCAUUUUUUGUCAUAGGGUGCUGGCAGAUUACGGGCCUCCCAUUGCUGCUGCCAGGCCCCGUAAUCUGCCAUGGGCCCCUGUACCGCCUCCUCAAUGCUGCUGCCAGGUCCACAGUGUCUCAUGGGUCCUGUACGGCCUCCCAUUGCUGCUGUCUCCAUCGCGACACUCUGCCAUGUGCCACGUUCAGGUCUCCUCACACACUGCUGGGUUCCAUUUUGUCAUAGGGUGCUGGCAGAUUACGGGCCUCCCAUUGCUGCUGCCAGGCCUUAAUCUGCCAUGGGCCCCUGUACCGCCUCCUCAUGCUGCUGCCAGGUCCACAGUGUCUCAUGGGUCCCUGAACCGCCUCCCAUUGCUGCUGUCUCCAUCGCCACACUCUGCCAUGUGCCACUUUCAGGUCUCCUCACACACUGCUGGGUGUGUUACAUUUUUUGUCAUAGGGUGC